AUGAUUCAGGUGAUGAAGGGAUCUUAUCACUACGCGAAAGUGCAGGCUUACUACGAAAGUGAAGAGGAGAAAAGGCAUCGCAAGGCACAGUUCCUGAUCUACAAGAUGAUGGAGAAGGCAGACUCCCUGAGCAAGAGGCCGCCCCCUUUGAAGGUGAGAGUCUGCAGGCUGAGAGUGAAGAUUGGGAGGAAAAUAAGGAGGCUGAGGAACAAAAUGCAGUUUGCAGCUUAUUUCAUAAAGGUCGGCAUCUGCGGCCAACUGGUGGGGCAGCUGAAGAUGGUGAAGCGGGUUCUCCUUGGCCGAGGAACCAUUGCUAGUCUUUCCCCAGCAAGUUACUAG